ACCUCUUUCCACGAACCAAAAAAUGCCAAGACGAAAAACAACAAAAGUCCAAGUCAAAAUUGAAGACAAGUUCCAAGAAUCCCGAAAACCCACCAUCACCACAACAACCACCUUCUCCUCCUCAACCACUGCUACCAGCACCUCCUUUCUCCUCCACCUCUUUGAGCCCUCCAAGUCCCACCAUAUUGGUCUCUCCCCAUAACCAAAACCCCACAAAAAACCACUAAAAAGAUCAAAACGUUUUUACAAAAAAUCCACAGAGCAAUUGAAUUCCUUAUGGAGGUGGAGGUGAAAUUGCGUCUGCUUGAUGCAGAAAAUCACAGCCUGUUAAAAGAAAUCCUUUCACCAUUUCACCUAAAAAAACUCAACCAAAAAAAUGUAUUUUAUGAUUCUGCUAAUGGCGUUCUUGCUUCUCAAAGGGCAGUGCUUCGCUUGCGUUCAUUCAUUGAUAACAACGAUGAAAGCACGCGAUGCGUUUUAUCACUCAAGGCAAAAUCAGUACUGAUUAAUGGCGUGAGUCGUGUCGAGGAGGAUGAGGAGGAAAUAGAGCCAUUGAUUGGAAAGCAAUGCGUGGAGGAAGCUAGCAAGUUGGGGUCGAUUGAGUCGAGGGUUAUUAAGAGGUGUAAAGAUGAGUUUGGGAUUGAUGGGGAAGUGGGUUUUGUGUGUUUAGGUGGGUUCGAAAAUGUGAGAGAGGUUUAUGAUUGGAGAGGUUUGAAGUUGGAGGUUGAUGAGAGUAAGUUUAGUUUUGGAGUUUGUUACGAGGUUGAGUGUGAGAGCGAUGAUCCUGAAAGAGUUAAGAGAGAGCUUGAAGGGUUUUUGAAGGAGAAUGGGAUUGAUUACAAGUACUCUGAGAUGUCAAAGUUUGCGAUUUUUCGAGCUGGGAAAUUGCCUUAGUAAGUGAAAGAUUAAUUUUCGGACUUGUGUUUUAUUUUUCUUUUUGAUGUCUGAAUGAUUCUUGAUGUGAAAAUUGCUUGUUGGUGAAUGAUUGUCAUUCCUUGUUAUUUUUUAUAUAUUGUUGUUGGUGCUUUAGAAAAUUGCACUCUUUACUUGUUCUGUUGUUAUUGAGUAGUGACUAGAUGAUUUUGGAUGUUUUGUGAGAGGACUGUUGUUUGCUGAAUGAUGGUUUUUCUAUUGUUAAUGUGAUCUAGCACUAUAGCUUUAUCCUGGAUAAAUGUCAAAGCCUGGGAAAUGACAACGGUCAAGGAAACCAUUUAUAUGUUUUCUCUUUUAUUCUUUCAUGAAACCUGGCCAAUUCUUUUGAAGCUAGAUGCUAGUCACUGAUUGUUCGACAUUUGUUCAUCAUAUUCGUUGUCUGAGAUUCAGUUGCCAGUUGCGUAAUACAUCUUCCACAAAGUUCUAUUUUUUUCUUGUUUAACAUGUGGUUGCGUUCUUUUUGUACGAUUGAUAAUUGAUUCUGUUUUGCAAUUGCUAACACUCAUUUUGAUCGCUUAGGUGGGCACUGUAAAUAAAUCUUCAAUUUAAUCUCAGCUGUUGAAUUUUGUUGGGAGCAUCCUAUUUACAGCAAAAUGCUUCUGUAAUAACAGAUGAGAUGUAGUCACCAGAGAACUCUAGUGAUUUUGCUUUGUGUGCAGUUUUAUUUGCUGUUGAAAACCAAUAUGUUUACAUAUCCUCGGAAUGAGUUGUGUCCAGAUGCCUGUGAGCUCAUCCAUAUUUACAACAACUAAGAAGUCUUCACAAGCCAAUCCCUUUGAUUCACAAACUACUAAAUUGAUCAGCUGGUUUAGCUACUCACUUGCCUCAAAGGAAGUUGAUUUGCACUGUUCACUACUUUUACCAAGUCUGUUUAUCAAAAAUUCACUUCAGUUCUUACCUUGGGUUGUUUAGUUGUUCCUUGUGGCUCUUGAAAGAGUUCAUAGAGUUUCUUAGCAUGCAUUCUUGAUUAACUGUUAUGAGGUAACCAGGCUAUGAGCUUACAAGUGUAACUAUUCUCUUGCAUUUGAUAGCUUUCCUAGCACAGAAACUUGCAGAUUUUUCAUGUCUUUCACUUUGCAUCACAUCUUUCUUAAAUGUUGAGGUUAAGAAUUGCAGUAGCGAUGCAUAUUUUAUUUACUUGGUUACGAGGCAAAAGAAAGGCAGUUUUUUUUCUUUCUGCUCUAGCCAUGUCUGCAAGUCCUCUGCACGUUGUUAAUUAUGCCGUGCUUUCACUUAUAAAAGGACAGCAAAUUCAUACCAUUUUUUGAAAAGUUCAUGAUAUGGCAUGUUCUUUUGAGUGAAUGAGGAUGUCAUUCUCAAACUGCAACUAUGAUUAAUCUGACAAUAUGAUUUUCAUUGGCAUUGCUAUGGUGAUUUAUCCAUUCAUUCAUCCUUUUGCAGGUUAUCUCAGCACAUGCUUAUUUUGUGCAAGUGGUUCUAGCACUGGAACCCAGUUCGAAGACAAUUCUGAAGAGCACUAAAUUUUCUUCUCUUGAAUGCAUCUUGCUCUCCUGCUGCAGCUGCACUCACCUGUUGACAUCUAUCUCGGCAGUGAAUUCUAUUUUUCUUGGUAGUGCUAGUUUGAACUCUAACAGUAAAUUAUUUCUGUUCUGCAAGGCUGUUAUACUAUAACCUUAGAACAAUGCAGUUAUACUGUAACCUUGAGAUGUUUUCGUGUCCUACAAUUGCUCAUCCAUCACAUGAAGAUGAUCCUUUUUUAUUGUA